UUUGUGAGGCAGCAUGUCACACAGUAUCGCUAAAACGAAAAAUCGCUGGACAACGGCCCAGCUCGAGCUGUUGGUAGAAGUGUGGGAGAAAUACUACCAACAUCUGAAGGCAGGCCGUGGCAACGAAGAGGUUUACGAUAUGAUGGCAAGCGAGCUAAAGGAAGCCGGAUGCCUUGAUGCCAACGCAAAACAAGUCCGGGGUCGUAUACACAAUCUUAGCGGAAAGUAUAGGAAGGAAGCAAGCGAGGUGCUUAAAACGGGCAUCCCAUCACAGUGGAGCUUGUACAGUAAGAUAUCGAAAUUCUUCGAAUACUCGACUCCGGGACGGUUCAAAAAUUUGGGCCCACGGGUGUACGAUAUGUCGGACUAUUUGGAUAUGGAUCUAGUGAUGACGGAUGUGAUUGAACGACAUGUGGCCAACAAAAAUCGAGCACGCCGUUGCGAGCUUCUGUCAGAAUUGGAGCUGGAGGAAAACUCACUCGACCUGGAGGAUGAUGAGAUAGAACCGGAUGAAGACUCCGGUACUGCUGAUCGUGCAAAUCGCGACGAAUAUUCUGACGUGGGAAUGUACGACGAUGAGAAUACGCUAGACGAGUUUCCGUCGACGAAAUAUGAUCGCCGUUCUAGCCAGUCGCGAGAGGAGCGUAAGAACGUGCAGAAACGGUCAGAGCACGAAGAGGAGGAAUCAAUGAUGAGAGAAACUGAGCGUGAAGAUUCCGACCAGGAUGAAGAUUCGACUGAGGAAGAUGAUGACGAUAUAACUGUUCUGGAACAAAACAUGGAACGUUCAAGCGAAGUGUAUCUUAUUAAGGGCUCUUUCCGGCAGAAAGCAAUUGAGGAUUUUUUAAGUCAACUGUACAGUAAUCAACUGUACGCAGACCUGAUGCUGGUUACAUGCCAUGAUGGGGUUACUUGCAUGACGCCAGCCCAUCGAGUAGUUUUGGCAAAUUUCAGUGAAUUCUUCUCCAGUAUGCUGGGCAAUCUAAAAUCGAACACAAACGGCGGUCCGCUUUCCGUAUGCUUGCAGUCGGACAUUUCCCAACCCAUAAUGCAGCUACUGCUACAGUACAUGUACACAGGCAAAGCAUCCGUGACGCGGAAGCUUCUGCCCGAAUUUAUCCGCUGUGGACAAAUUCUCCGUGUGCGUGGCCUUUGGAGUGAUGAGCGAGCGAAAGUACCGGAAAAACACCAAAACACCGUUAAACGAUCUUUCGGUGGCAGUGCCGACAAGGAAAGGUGCACUAAUGUUCCAUUUAAUAUUUCCGAUGAAGAGGAAGCGGCAGACGAUGAAGAGCAGGAGGACACGGAUGAGGAUUCGUCCACACCCUCGAUUGUAACAAAUGUAGCAGCUACAUUGCUGAAAGAAUCCACCAGUAGUACGAACAGUUCCGAAACGGAUAAAACGAUAGCAACCGAUCGGUCGAAAAAGAGACGCAAAAAGUUGACCAAAACGGCGGUGAAAAAAAUACGACACACGUCGAGCGAAGAGGACGACGACGAUGAAUCGGUUGACAUGGAAGUGUCGUCUGAGCUUGGGUUUGAUUUGCUACGAUCGGAUUCGGAAAAUGAGGAAGAAAAGGCGACGGAGCGCGAAAAACGGGGCGUGACUGGCGAGGAUGAGUCCAAGGGUAGUGAAGAUGAUCUGGAUCUGGAUGACUACAGCAUGGAUGAUUAUGAUGAUGGCGAUGGUGAUAAAGAUGAUGAUGGAAAGCAGGAGAAGGCCCCUGACGGUAAGAAACAAUCGGUAGAAGGUGAAGAAAAUGAUGAAGAUGAAGAUAACAGGACGGAAUAUAUUGACACGGAACAAGACGAUGUGGAUGGUGAGAUGGAGUAUGAAAUGCUUAGCGUUGUAAAUGGGGAUGUAGAGUCAGUGAGCAAUCUGUCGACGGGCGCAACAACUCCCGUACCAUCUUUAGCACAAUCGGAAGCACACUCGGAAAAGGAAAAUAUUGAACACAACGAACGGAUAGAACGGAAUGGAAGCGUGAAAGGUAAAUCCCGCCAAAGUUCCAUAUCGCUAGAAAAUGGACAAUUGGAAAAGCUCGAACAAACGGCCCCGGUAAAACCGAUCGCAAAACCACCCGACAUAAGACGCGCGCUUCAGGUUGUUCCUUCCACGUCACGUGCUCAACCCCCGAACGGUAAUACUACGUCCCAUAAUACAGGUAACAAUCCGGAACAGUACGCAGCAAGCCGGCAGGAUCCCGCCCAACCAUCCACAAGCAGAAGUGCGCUAUUGCGCAAGGUACGGUCAGUGUAUAGCUGUAAAAUAUGUGGCGACCGCUUCAAAACGUCCGACACUUGGGUGGAACACAUCGUUUACGAACACUACGAGCGGAAUCCGAUCACGAACGAGGACAGAAAUCCGGAUGGCCACAAAAUGAUGCUACAGUGCGAUCUGUGCAGCAAGUUUCUUAGCUCGGAAUACUACUGGGUGCACCACGUGCUGAAGAAACAUACCGAACGAUAUCCACACUUUCACGAAGAUUUUUCACAUUCGGAUGAAUGA